AGGUUGCACAAGAUGUUGUUCUGCAUGAUAAGUUGGGUUACAGGAACAAGUUGGUGAAAUGGAGUCAGAUGGACGUGGUACCUAAUGAUUGGUUGCUAGAGAGAUAGCACCCAAGACAAAGGAGGAGUAAAGGAUCGUGGCGUACAAUGAUUGGUUAUCACCGGAGAAGAAGAACGACGAUACAUACAUAUAAAUAUUGUUGAUUUGUACGCUUGUGGUUGUUGGCUUUUUGGAGGUCGUCUGACAACCCAAAGCUUUGUUACUCCUUUUUACAUCUGAUAAUAAACUUCUAAUCGAUUUUGAAGAACGUCUCAGUACAAAUUUUUGAACAUGCAGGACUGCCUUAAAGGUCCAACACUACUUGCCACAUGAGAAAAAAACUGGACAUGAAAUGUGAAUUUGAAAUAUUUUAUUAGCUCAUUUUUACUGAAUACAGACCUUCCGCGAGGAAAAGCUGUUUACUUUCGGUUUUAAGGUAAAAUGUCUGUUGCCUGCCUCUGUUUCACGUCAUCCUGCAGAUGUAAGAGAGAAAUGUCGUCCUGGUUUGCACACACCGGUUCCAGCUGGCUUUUACCUGAAUGAUGUGUGGACGUCCUUUGUGUGUAAAACUCGUGAAUUUAUCACCCAAACGGCAACACAGUGUCUGAAGGACAAACACAUCUACUUGAUGGGAGAUUCUACCGUGAGACAAUGGUUCGAGUUUUUGCAGAAAAGAGUCCCAACAUUGAAUCGGAUGAAUCUGCAUGUUCAGUAUCAGGCAGGACCUCUGAUAGCAGUGGAUGUGAUGAACAACAUUUACUUGCGCUGGAGGGCUCACGGUGUUCCUCUGCGCUUUAAGAAAACUGAAAUUACUAAUCUGCACUACAUCAGUAAUGAGAUUGAUGACCUGACGGGAGGACCUCACACUGUUGUUGCAUUUCACGUGGGGAUCCACUUCACGUCAUUUCCUUUAGAUGUCUUCACCAACAGAGUUUUGAGGAUCCGCAGAGCUGUCCUAGAUUUAUUACAGCGAGCACCAGAAACUACUGUUAUCAUCAAAACUGUCAACACUGGAUAUAAGGAUGUGUUUACCAGCGACUGGUAUUCUCUGCAGUUGGACAAAAUUCUGCGGUGGGCUUUUCAGGAUGUUGGUGUUUAUAUUUUGGAUGUAUGGCAAAUGACAUCCUGUCACUACACCAGAGAUAACCUUCAUCCAAGUCCUAUCAUAAUCAAGAAUGAAAUUGACAUUUUACUUUCUUUUAUUUGCCCUGAAUGAAUUUUUCUCAUGAGAACUUAAGAGGUGAAAGAACAACUGUCUGUUCAAAGGUUAUGUUACAGUAGCUAAUCUGCUCUUGGCUUGACUGGGUGCAACCGGCUAUACACACACAACAAACAUUUAAGUGUCCAGUCUUGCAUAUCUUGAGCAUGUUGAAUUUUUAUUACAUUAAAUGAAAGGUGCCAUUACAUUACGUCGGUUGUUGUGAUGAAAACCGUGAAUGAUCCCAAAUUGUAUUGCGUGUGGUAAAAACUGUUUGCGUUCUGCACCCUCCACCAAGCCUCCUAUCAAGGUGAAUAAGCACACCUGUUAAAUAAUUUGUGCACACACUGCCCCCCACUGGUGACAGCCCCAAAUACAUUACAAUGACAAUGAACAAUGGCUCCUACAGGUUAUGUUAUACUUUUACUUCAUUAUAUUUUUCUUUCAUUCUUUUACAACAAUGUAAAGACAUCAGGUUUACGGCCUUAUACUAUAUAGUUUGACUGAGAUCUACUAACUACUUUUUUAGAGUAAUGUUAUUAGUGGAAUCCAUGAUAUCAUUGCAAAGUCUCUAUUGACUUGUUGAUAAUAUAUCUGAAGUAUAUCUAGCUCAUCUUUUGUAAGAAUUGCAAUAAACACAAUUUGGUUUGUACUAUAUAAUGUAACAUAAAAUCCCGAUAUACAGACCACUCCAAAUUUUCAUUUAAUCCACAUUUCACUUCAAUGUACAGUAUGUUGAAUUCCAACAAAGUCAAGCCUCAGGAGUGACAUGAAGUCACACAACAGCUACAGUGCCCUCCACUAUUAUUGGCACCCUUGGUAAA